AUGUUUAGAAGGCAACUGAAAGUGGACACAAGAAGCAUUUACAAAAACAUACAAAAAAUGCCUAACGGUUCUUCAAAGGGUUAUUGCUUGUUAGGGUUUCCGUUCGGGGUUCUUCUUUUCCUCGUCUUUUCCUCUUUCCCUAUGAAUGAAUCUCCACAUCAACAGUUCUUUUCUUCACUUACUCUGUCGUCCUCUCUUCUUGACCACACGAACGCAUUACAAUCCUCAUCUUCAACUUCUUCUUUAUCAAACUCUCCUACCAUUUCGAUAAAGAAAAGGAGCAAUCUUGAGAGAAGAGAAGAAGAGUUGAGGAAAGCAAGAGUUGCAAUCAGAAGAGCCGUCAAGCUUAAGAAUUACACGUCCAACGAAGACAUGACUUACAUCCCCACAGGCCAAAUUUACAGAAACUCAUUUGCCUUUCAUCAGAGUCAUAUAGAAAUGAUGAAAAGGUUCAAAGUAUGGUCGUACAAAGAAGGAGACCAGCCACUGGUUCAUGAUGGACCGGUGAACGAUAUCUAUGGAAUCGAGGGACAAUUCAUCGACGAGCUAGAAAAUGUGAUGGGCGCCCGGUUUAGGGCUUCCCAACCAGAGGAAGCUCAUGCCUUCUUCUUGCCUUUCUCCGUUGCCAACAUUGUCCACUACAUUUACAAACCUAUCACGUCACCUGCCGAUUUUAACAGGGCUCGUCUCCACCGAAUUUUUAAUGACUAUGUAGACGUUGUGGCUCGCAAGUACCCUUUGUGGAACCAAAGCAAUGGUGCUGAUCAUUUUAUGGUUUCCUGCCAUGACUGGGCUCCUGACGUGCCAGGUAGUAAACCAGAGUUUUUCAAGGACUUUAUAAGGGGACUUUGCAACGCCAACACAUCGGAAGGUUUCAAACCGAACAUCGAUUUCUCUAUACCUGAGAUUAACAUUCCUAAAGGGAAGCUAAAACCACCGUUCAUGGGCCAAAACCCUGAGAAUAGGACGAUCUUGGCUUUCUUCGCAGGAAGAGCUCAUGGAUAUAUACGGGAAAUCUUGUUCAGUUACUGGAAAGGUAAGGAUAAAGACAUUCAAGUGUACGACAACCUCACAAAGGGACAAAACUAUCACGAAUUGAUUGGUCAUAGCAAGUUUUGUCUUUGUCCUAGUGGCUACGAAGUGGCUAGCCCAAGAGAAGUAGAAGCCAUCUACUCAGGAUGUGUCCCUGUUGUGAUAUCUGAUAACUACUCGCUUCCUUUCAACGAUGUGCUUGAUUGGAGCAAGUUUUCGGUUGCGAUUCCAGUCAAACAAAUUUCUGAAAUCAAGAAAAUAUUGCAGGAGAUUCCACAUGACAAGUAUUUACAGAUGCAUAAAAAUGUUAUGAAGGUUAGAAGACAUUUUAUGGUGAAUCGUCCGGCUCAACCGUUUGAUGUCUUCCACAUGAUACUUCAUUCUGUUUGGUUAAGGAGGCUUAACAUUAAGUUGCCUUCUUGAUUUAAAUCCUUUUCACUAUUUAAAAGCUUUUAGCUGCAACAAAAAAAAGAAACUGUUGUAGAAUUACAUUUCCUUUAAUCCUCUAACCUAUCAAUUACAAUCUGGACACUAUUUAUACCAUAAUCUACAUAUUCACUAGGUUCUUCUAACUUAUCAGUAGUAUGAAAUUCGCUAGUAAUACCAUAUAUGUUUGUUCUCCAAAAAUAUACCAAAUCUUGUAACCCCACGUAAACACUCAUACAUAAAUGUUUGGAAAGACAACUUUUUCAUACCUCAACACUUCUAAAAGUUCAGUUUAUACCUAAACUGAUAAGUCGGUCUACACAUACCUAAACUUCUUAUUUUUUAUUACAUACUCACACUUCAAUUUUUUGAUUAAUUCCUACAAUGACCAAAACCUCUAGCUUUGUACAUUCUAGUUUGUGAGAAAUAUAUAUUGUACUUUGAUAUAAUAUUUUGUGAGAAAAAAUAUAUUUUGUCUUUGAUAUAUAAUAAUUAAUACUAAUAAACAUAGUAUUAGCUCGUAUAUGACAUGUUUUUUUUAAUGAAUGUUAAAUUUAUUCAAAGAAAAAUACUUUUGUACAAAUGACUGUAACUGUAGCUGAAUUGUUUGCUAAAGAAGAUAAACAAUAAUCUCAAGAAUCAUCUAACUAAGAACCAUGUUUCCAUGGCCUUUGUGUGUUUUCGAUCCCCCAUGAGUCUCAGACUUGAAAUUCGGUUUCUGACUAAUUUGUCAAUGCACCGAAUCAAAGCAGCAGGACUGUUUGGGGUUUCACCAUGUCUUCUUCCGUACCUCUCUUUCCAGAUGGUAGAGAGUGCUGCUUGAAACACAUAUCUGAUUAGAAAGAGCCGAGUCUUGUUCCUGGUCUGCUUUGUUAGGAGCCGAAUGAUCUCUCUCCAUUCAGUUGUGUAAUCCAAAGAUAGGAGCUUAUGAGUAAGGCUCUUCCAAACUUCCUCCAAGAAUUUACAGUUGAAAAACAGAUGGUCUCGUGUUUCAAUUAGGUCAGGACAGAGACUGCAGGCUGUUGAAACUCCCGUGUGCCAUAGGGAAAUUCUAUCUCCUGUGGGUAAUCUGUUCAAAAGCGCAACCCAAGCUGUGAAAGAGUAUCAAGGGGUAUUGUAGGGGAACCAAAUCCCGCGAUACCAAUAAACCUUUGUGCGUGCUGGCCGAAUUAGCUUCCAAGUAUCAUUGGAGCUGAACUCUGUUUUAUAUGUAUCAUCCCCUGUUUUCCAAAGCCUCACAUCCUCACUCUGAGUCAAACCUCUAGUGCGAACAGAUAGAAUCUCUUCUUCAAUUACGUUAAACACGUUUUCCCUAUGCCUUCGUCUACGGUGAGACAACACUACCUUCUCCACUGUGUCAUUCAGUCUGAUUCCCAUAUCAAUUGUUCCACGACCAUUGGUUUUGUCUAUUAGUCUGCCAUGAGAAGACCAAGUAUCGAACCAGAAGUAAGUAGAGCGACCAUUGUUAACGUCUACUCUCGUAAGAGUAGCUACCUUGUCUCUGUACUUUAAAAAAAAUUUCCACAUCCAAGACACGAGAGAGCUUCUUUCCUUGACUGACCAGAAAGAGUUCUUGCGUAUCAGAUAUCCGUUUAUCCACUUGACCCAUAAUGAUGAAGGAGAUGAGAUGAUUCGCCAUACUAAUUUUAAACACGCAACAUCAUUGGCUUCCUUGAUUGACCGCAGACCCAAGCCUCCCUCCUCUUUGGGUUUAGAGCAAUCCUUCCAUGAAACCUUAGCUUUGUUUGUAUUUAACUCCGGGCCAGACCAUAAAAAAGCUGCACAUAGAC